CAGGUUAUGGCACCUGGAAUACUGGGGCUGCCAACACCCAAGGUACUUACGGGACGAACGCCACAAGCUGGCAAGCCUGGAUGUCCCAGACAAGGAUUCAUGCUGAGGUGGAGCUGAAAGGCUGUUCCUGCCCAGGGGACCUUGGAAUUUAAAUAAAACCAUGAGUCACAGGCAGAUGGGGAAGACAAAGGCACAAUGAAGCUGUGGUGUCUUGCCACAAGGCUAUGAAGGCUACGACUACUACAACACCCAAACCACAGCCGCCAACACAGCUGCCACCUACAACUAUGCUGCAGCCACCUCCAGCAGCUGGGAAGCCCCCAAGCCCUCAGAGCUGGCCAUGAACCCCGAGGUGGCCACCAUGCCCGUCACCUCUUACGGCGCUGAGGCCGCGGGCAGCGAGAACUCGGAUUCCAUCAUCGCCAAAAUCAACCAGCGCCUGGACAUGCUGUCCAAGGAGGGCAGCGGCGGCACAGGGGAGGGCAUGGAGGACCAGGAGAGCUCCUUCAGGUUUGAGUCCUUCGACUCAUACGACUCAAGGUCUUCCAUGAACGACCGUGACCUGUACCGCUCUGGCUACGACUACGGGGAUGUUGGAGGUGACCGGAACGAUUCCUUCGGGAGCCAGUUUGACAACCGCCGGGAUCAGUCCCGGAACCGCGGGAACAGCUACGGGCUCCUGCGCGGCCGGGGCCAGAACCGCGUGCAGAACCGCGGGCGCCUCAACGCCUUCAACCGCAACGACCACUUCAUGCCCUCCUCCAGCUCCGAGCGCCUCUCGGCUCGUUGGAACGAGCUGAACUACAUGGGUGGGCGUGGGAUGGGGGGGGCCGGAUCCAACAGGCUCCCUUCCCUCUUUUCCCAAGCCCUCGUUCCUGACUACGGCGACUACGGCGAUUACAGCGACUACGGCGACUAUGGGGAUUACGGGGAUUAUGGCGACUAUGGAGAUUAUGGUGACUAUGGAGACUAUGACUAUGGCAUGAUGGGGAUGUCAGGCAUGGGAAUGGGCCGGUAUGGGAAUGUGCCCUAUGGAAUGGGCAGGCAACGGAACAGAGACCGGAUGGGGGCCAUGCCCUGGCACAUGAACGCGCUCACGCCCAAGAGAAGAGGAUUCCGGAACCGCUCCGGGGGCCGCUCGGACGGGGAGGGAGGAGGAAGGAAACGGAAACAGUCGCAAAGCGGCGACGAGCCCGACAGCAAACAGGCCAAGAGCGACAGCGAGGGCGACGACAGCGACAACGCAGAUGAGGGCGAAGGAGAAGAAAAAUCAGGAGAUGAAGCUGACAAAGCAUCUGGAGAUGGUUGCGAGGAUGAUGAUGAGGAGGUGAAGAAGAAGAGGGAGAAGCAGCGGAGGAGAGAUCGGAUGAGGGACCGAGCUAUGGACAGGAUCCAGUUUGCCUGUUCCGUCUGCAAGUUUCGCAGCUUCGAGGAGGAGGAGAUCCAGAAGCAUCUCCAGAGCAAAUUCCACAGGGAGACGCUGCGCUACAUCGGCACCAAACUGCCGGACAAGACCGUGGAGUUCCUGCAGGAGUACAUCGUCAACCGCAACAAGAAGAUCGAGAAGCGGCGCCAGGAGCUGACGGAGAAGGAGGGCACAAAGCAGAAGCCAGAUCCCUUCAAGGGGAUUGGCCAGGAGCAUUUCUUCAAGAAGAUUGAGGCUGCCCACUGCAUGGCCUGUGACAUGUUGAUCCCUGCCCAGAACCACCUCCUCCAGAGGCACCUCAGAUCUGCUGACCACAACAGGAACCGCAGGAUGGCUGCUGAGCAGUUCAAGAAAACCAGCCUGCACGUGGCCAAGAGUGUCCUGAACAACAAACACAUUGUCAAGAUGCUGGAAAAAUACCUCAAGGGAGAAGAUCCCUUCACGGAUGAAAUCACAGACCAGGAUGUGGAGGAAGGUUUGGAAGGUGGAGACGGCGCCGUGGAAGGAGCCACCGAAACCGCUGCUGCCGCCCCCGAGGUUGCCCAGGAAGGAGAAGGAGGAUUGGAAGAAGCUACAGAAGCAGCGGAAGCUUCCGAAGAGUUUUCCAAACAGGAAGAAUUCCUUAAAAAUCUGGGGGAGCAAGAUCAGCCCCCCAAGCCGCUGCUGAUGCCCCCGUUCCUGCAAGAUGACGAGCUGGAAGCAGAGAUGGCGUCGGAGGCGACGUCGGAGGUGACGUCGGAAGCGGCCGCGGCACCUUUGGAAAGUGCCGAAGAACCACCUGCUGUUCCUGAAAAUCCUCCCAAAUCAGCUGUUUCCCCCCAAAAUGAAACUGAGGGUCAGGCAGGCAAAGAGGAGGAAGAAGAGGAGGAAAAGGGGAGUGCAGCGGCAGCAGCCGAGUGCGGGGAGGAGGAGGAAGAGGAAGAGGAGGAGGAAGAGGCUCCCCCAGCGGAGCCGCAGCCGGAAUAACUGUGAAUAUUUGUGUGAAGGUGAUGAUGUAAUCCCUGAUUUUUGAUUUCUUAACCUUUUCUUUUUUUUGAGCUCAGGGCCCGAAAGUGGCCGAUGUUGGUUUUAAUUAAGGGGAGGGACCUGGUUGCUUCGUUAGGGGGCAGCCCCGGCGCUUGGUUCAUCUCGUUGAGUUUGAAUUUCACUUUGUUUCUGCCAGUUCUGGUUUGGUUUAGGAGGAAAAGCCCAGGAAGCAGCAGCUGCCCCGGAGACCCCACCCUGGGGGGGAGGUUGUGUUGUUUUUUUGGGGGGAUUUUAGAAAGAAAUAGGAAAAAAAACCCCACCAAUAAUAAUGAAAUAAAAGUGAGGUUUGGAAAAAUGAAUAAAGGUGAUGAUUGGA